GCGGUUUCUAACCGCACUUAGCCCCAACCCGGUAGGUGCGGUUUCUAACCGCACUUAGCCCCAACCCGGUAGGUGCGGUUUCUAACCGCACCGGAUACUGUGGAAUAUGUGCAAGAUAACCGUUUUCGCGAACGACUCGGUGCGGUUUCUAACCGCACCGGAUACUGUGGAAUAUGUGCAAGAUAACCGUUUUCGCGAACGACUCGGUGCGGUUAGGAAACCGCACCUACCGGCCCUGGAGGAUCCCUAAAUUGACGCAUAAGGUGCGGUUAGGAAACCGCACCUAC